AUUGGUGUAGAAAAAAAAAUGGGUUGUUGUGUAAUUAGCUAAUACGAGUCACUCUUGAUUCUUAAGACGGUACCAAUUUCGCUGAAACCAUAGAAAAAAUCCCUAUAAUCUGUAAUCUGUUGGUGGGUUUGAAUGGCGAGCAGCUGGAGAAGAACGUUGGGCAACGCGAGGUCCUUCGUGAGCAAUUCGAUGGGUGGUCUGAGGGGCGGAAGCAACCUUGCUUCGUGGGUGGUCGCCGGAACCCUAGCCUACUACCUCUGGAUCAAACCCUCACAAGACCUCAAACGCCAACAGCAGGAAAAAGCCGCACUUGCCGCCUCCGAAGCCGAUCCUUAUCGAUACGUUGAGACUCGAAAACCCGUCCCCGAUCCUCAGGUAACGGGUUUGAUAUACGGAAAAAGAAACGAGGACAGAGAAAGCAAAUCAGAGGAUUAGCAUGUGAGUUUGUUGCCUAUCAUAUACUGCUAUACAGUCACUACAUUCCGCAUAGUCAAUGAAGCUAGAUACAUAGAUAGAUCCCUGUCUUUCCUCUACAUGUAAGUGUGUCAGGGGGCAUGGCUUCGUCUUGAUUUAUUGCUGCACUUGUAAUGCUCUGCGCAGGGGUCAAAAAUGAAAUCAAUAUCAAUAAGGCAUAUCUUGUGUUUUGAUGCAUGCUCAAUUUCAUCUCAGAUAAAUUAUAUAUACUGGUACUGUUUUGUGUAUUGCUGUUUCUGACAACAUACUACAUGGUGAUGCAGUAAAUUAGGUUAUACAUUUAGCAGCAGUGCUCUUUCGGUAAGCUUUUUCUUUGGUGUGUCAUGUUAUUAUUUUUUUAGUGUUGAGAAUCAACGUUUGUAAUAACCUUCCAUGCUUCACGAGACUGGAGGGAUGCUAUAAAAUUGUAAUGAAUAAGUCCUGCCAUUACCCAUGAAGCAAUGUUGAGGAUAGUUUCAUGCUUACUGUUA